UUAGUUACUAAUCAAAAAUUCAAGACACAAACAGACGCAACACAAUUCAAAACUUAAACCAAACUUAAACUUAUAUUUCGAUAUUCGAUAUGGAACUAACUUUGGAGGAGUUGGCACGCAUCGCUUUGGGCGUGCCCGAGAUGAAUCACGUGAAUGUGGCCGUGUUGCAUAGUCUGCUCGAUGCGCUGAUGAAGAAACUCGAUUGCCAAAAGGAUUUGGUUACUAUUGGCGGCUUCGAAGGAAAGUGCUUAGAACGUUUGCUAGAGCGUUCAAAGAUUUCCCCUCUGCCCUUCGAUGUGGCCACCAUUGUGCCCAUUUCAUCGGAGCUGGAGAAAGUCGAAGCGAUGGAGAAACGCAUCGCGAGCCUCGAGGCAAAGCUGGAUGCGCACUUCCAGCAAAUACGAGUGUGCAACAAGGUGAACAGCAAAAAGUAUCAGAAGCAAAUCUGGGAACAGUAUUCAUCGCCUUGUGAGGAUCUGUGCACCGUGUGCGAUGAGGACAACAAGAUCGCGUGUAGUUUGCUGCAGAACAUGGACUUUAUGAAGAAGCUGCUGCGACGCAUCGCUUCGCCCAUGAUGGAAGAGAUGGAGGAGAUCAAACGUAAUCUAAGCGAAUUCUACGAGAAACUCAAAUCAUUUCUCAAGAAAACCGAAGCGCUCUUCGAACGUCUCGAACUGGUGAAGCAGUGCGUCAUAGAGAUUGAGAAUCUGCGGGAGUUGGUGAAGAAUUAUAAUCUCACAUUUCUAGGGACAAUGGAGGAGCUGCAGGAUAUGCUCGAUAGCAAGCUGGAUAAAGUGCAUAUGCCUGCUCUGAAGAAAUACAUUCGCGAUCACUUCGAUGACAUCGAGUUGCGGCUAUCGAAGAUCGAGGAAAAGGAUUCGUGUCCACGUGCCGCGGGCUUUGUUAACACCGGCAUUCGCUGCAUCUCGUGUGGCAACAAUCGCAUUGGUGUCGAUGUCGGACCGUUGAACAUUGGUCCGCUGCCCGAUGCAACGGCACAACAUUUGCCACAUCACCUGCAGAACAAUUGUCAGAAAGCUCUUGUCUUCCGCACCAACGACAAGGAGCCAACGCUGAUGGUGCGGGUUAAUAAUCUUGAUUUGAAUGUGAUACAACAACGUUUGAAUCGACCCUCGGGCAAAGUGUGCAAGCUGCCGGAUGCCAAUGACACCAUCUACGGCGUUCGCAAUUCCGUUUACUCCGCUUGAGAUUCCACCUCAACAAAAUCGUUUCGUUUAAGCCAAGGCAAUAAAGCAUGUAAAAAAUAAAAGAAGAGAAGUGCAUAAAAAAGUGCACUAAUUUAAAUAGUAAUUACCGCGAGUGUCCGACCGCGUUGUGGUCAGUUCUCCCCUUUUUUUUCCGCUGCUGCCGUGUCUCUCUGGGAUUAGUCGCAGUGACAAACGAUCAACCAUAUCCGGUAGCCAACGGCGCGGCCUAAUGAUGCCAUUAAAAUGCAGUCGAGGCAAUCGAACGGGUUCCCUACUUCUUUUUCCUCUUUCCUCUCCACUCACUUUACAAUUUCCAUGAAGAUAGGUUCAUAAAGUUGGAAUUUGUGGCUGCUUUGACUAGAUCUCUCAGCUACUUUCGAGUGGAUAUAUUUAUUGCUCUUUGAUUAACCCUCCAGGAAGUGUGACUAUCCUAAGCACAGCUAGUGUGGAGUGUAGAGAGUUUGCUUAGAAUGCAGCUGAGAUACUUAAGUAUCUUAUAAAUGACUAGCUAUUGCAUAAAUUGAAGUACACAACGAAUUUAAAUAUGGUUUUGUUUUAUUCUAGGGGUCAUUAAACUGAAACAAACAAUGCAAAUUUUUCUUCUUAAUACUUAUGUG